CUGAUGGACACGUGUCGCCGUCCCGUGAAUCUUGCCCACGUGAAAGAACACGUGUACGUCGUCGCUACAAAUAGCUUUUGGCCGCCGCGAAAACAAGAGUGAGAAGAGGACAGAUUUCUCUCGCCCGCCACCCGCGCAACAGAUUUUGUACAUGCCCUUUUUGUUCUGUCGAUCGGCUUCCCUCCAAAUCCAAUUUGCCAUCGAUCCAUCGCAUCACAAUUCGCAAGCGAGAUGCCGCCACACGACCGUAAGGCGCCGCCGGCUCGCCGGAUGCUGGCGCUGCCGGCGGUGUGCCCGUGCGAGGCCAUCUCCCCAGGGACGCUGCUGACGUCGCUCCUCGCCCUCGCGGCCGACGUCGCCAGCCGUGACGCCGGGGCGUUCCCCGUGCUCCGGCGAGGGGCCGGCGAGGCCCUGCGCAUCACGCGCGUCCUCCUCGCCUUCCUCGAGGAGCUCCGCGAGGCGUCGGCCGCCGUGACGCUCCCCGGCGCCGCGGUGCUCGGCCUCUCCGAGCUGCACGUGGCGAUGCAGAAGCUUCGGCUCCUGCUCGCGGACUGCGCCAGGCGAGGUGCGAGGCUGUGGGUGCUGAUGAACGCCGACCUGGUCGCCUCCGAGCUCCGGUUCGUCCUCGGCUCCGUCGCCACGGCGAUGGACGUGCUGCCGGCGGACGUGGUCGGGUCGUCCGCCGAGGCCGGGGAGCUCGCGAGGCUUGUAUCCGACCAGGCGUGGCGCGCGGCGGUGGGGCCCGACGCGGACGACGGCCGCGCGGCGUGGAGCGUGCGCUCCAUGCUCGCCAAGUUCAGGACCAGCGCCGCGCCGCACGCCGAUGACGCGAAGAUGGUGCUCGGCCGCGUCGGCAUCACGACCUGGUGGGACUGCGCCGAGGAGGUGGCUUUCCUGGAGGCCGAGCUGCUGGAGCGCUUGGAGGACGGCCGAGAGAACGACAACGACCUCGUGCUCAUCAGCGGCCUCAUGGCGUUCCUGGUGUACUGUCGCGUCGUCUUGUUCGACCGGGUUGAUACCAAGAAAAAAGCUGACGCGACCGCGCCCGAGCCGACGCCGGCAGCGAGCUGCCCGCCGUGGUCGCCCAGCCAGGAGGCGCUGCUGUGCCCGAUCACGCUGGAGCUGAUGACCGACCCGGUGACCGUGGCCACGGGUCAGACAUACGACCGGACGUCCAUCAAACGGUGGGUCAAGAGCGGGUGCCGGACGUGCCCCGUCACCGGCGAGAGGCUCCGCAGCGCCCACUUCGUGCCGAACGUGGCGGUGCGCGGCAUCGUCCAGCAGCUGCUCCUCCGCAACGGGGUCUCGCUCCACGAGCAGCCGAGCAGCAAGCACCGGUCCGCGGUGGACAAGACCGCCGCGGCGUUCGGCCCGGCGGCGGCCGGAGGCGUGCGCGUCGCCGUGGCCUGCCUCAUCGCGAGGCUCUCCAGGGGCACGCCGGAGGAGCAGAAGAAGGCGGCGUACGAGGUCCGGAAGCUGGCGAAGCGCAACGUGUUCCACCGCGCGUGCCUCGUGGAGGCCGACGCCGUGCCGUGGCUGCUCCACCUGCUCUCCUCCGCGGACGCGUCCGUCCAGGACAACGCCGUGGCCAGCCUGCUCAACCUGUCCAAGCACGCGGCCGGGCGGCGCGCGCUCGUGGAGGCCGGCGGGCUCAGCCUCGUCGUCGACGCCGUCAACGUCGCGGCCAAGGUGGAGGCGCAGCAGAACGCGGCGGCCAUCCUCUUCUACCUCUCCUCCAACGCCGACUACUGCAAGGAGAUCGGCCGCAUCCCGGAGGCCAUCCCGACGCUCGUCCACCUCAUGAGGGAGGGCACCUACCGAGGCCGCAAGAACGCGCUGGUCAGCCUCUACGGGGUGCUCCAGGGCGCCGCCAGCAUCGCGAAGGCGGUGUCGGCUGGCGCAGUGGCCGUGCUCGCCAACCUCAUUUCCAGCGACCGCGAGGACAUCGUGAACGACUCCGUCGCGCUCCUCGCGAGGAUCGCCGAGCAGCCGGCCGGCGCCACGGCCAUCCUGGCCAGCUCGGAGCUCGUCACGAGCGUCGUCGACUCCCUCGGCGCGUCGUCGUCUCGGUCGGGUAAGGACCACUGCGUGUCGCUGCUGGCAUCCCUGUGCCGGCACGGAGGCGACAAGGUCGUCGCCCUGAUGGGCAAGAUGCCGGCGCUGAUGCCGGCGCUGUACGCGCUCAUGGCCGACGGCAGCCCUGUGGCGGGCAAGAGAGCGAGGUGGCUCAUCAACGAAAUCCACCGGGUCUACGAGCAUCGCCAACCGCCUCCGCCGGUCGCGCCGCCGGCUGGUGACCGUGUCAUUCGAGUAUAGGACAUGCCUUGUACAUUUAAAUCCUUCAGUUUGGGGUUUUUGGGAGGAAUUUUCGCGUUUCUAGCUCCGUCCCAGCUCGCUUUUUGAAGAGCAAGGACCAGCUAUCCAUACUACGAUGGUGAUAUGUGUAUAUGUAAGGUUGUGCAGAGGAAUGCAAGGUUGUACAGAGAGCGAUGUGCAGGAUGAUUUCUGUUCAA